AUGAAGAUCAAGCAUCAAGGGACUGCUAGAGUGAAGCGAGCACAACUUCAAAGACUUCGUAAAACUUUUGAAACUUUGGAGAUGCGUUUUGGUGAAGGAGUUGCAGGGUACUUUGUGAGACUUAUGGAGUUCACAAAUGACAUGAGGAACUGUGGGGAAGGAAUGGAUGAUGUGAAGAUCGUGGAGAAGCUUCUGAGAAGUCUCACUGAAAACUUCAAUUUCUUGGUAUGCUCUAUUGAAGAAUCAAAGGAAAUUGAUAGGAUCACAGUAGACGAGCUUAAGCGCCACUACAAAUCCAUGAAAGUAAGGUCACUGAGGGAAGAAGUGAAGAACAAGUCUAACAAGUGGAAAAUGAACCAAGGAAUGGUAGAGGAAGAGGAAGAUGGAACAAUCAGAGAGGAAGAAACAACUUUAGAGGACGAGGGAGAGGCCGAUCCUUUGUGA